UAACAGCCUUGGACAGCACCAACACGAUUGGUUGGCUCAACUCUGGGCACUCAAAACCACUCCCUGAGCAUUUCCUCUCGAGGCUCAUCCGGUAGUGAGUGUGUAGCAGCAUAGCUAAAGCUAUUUUGCGAAGGAAAAAACGUUGUUUUUUCUUGUGUGAAGAGUGAGCAGCUGUGAACAAACCAAGCUUCAAAACAUCACACGCGCGACUAUACAUUGUAACUUUGACCAUUUGAGUUCUAAGGACCUUACCUGUGUGGAACGAGCCAAAAGUGCCAUAGGUUACAAAAUGGUGCUGAAGUCAGAGGACGGAGUUGUGCCGGAUGAUCUCACUCCAGAGGAGCAGCAGGAGUUGGAGAACAUUCGGCGGCGCAAGCAGGAGCUGCUGGAUGACAUACAGAGGCUGAAGGAUGAGAUAGCAGAGGUGACCAGCGAGAUCGAGAACCUCGGCUCCACAGAGGAGAGGAAGAACAUGCAGCGGAACAAGCAGGUGGCCAUGGGCCGCAAGAAGUUCAACAUGGACCCCAAGAAGGGCAUCCAGUUUCUGAUCGAGAAUGAGCUUCUGAAGAACACCAGCGAUGACAUCGCCCAGUUCCUCUGCAAAGGGGAGGGGCUCAACAAGACGGCCAUAGGAGACUACCUUGGAGAGAGGGAUGACUUCAACAUUGAGGUUCUGCAUGCAUUUGUGGAGCUGCACGAGUUCACAGACCUCAACCUGGUGCAGGCACUCAGGCAAUUUCUGUGGAGUUUUCGGCUACCCGGCGAGGCUCAGAAGAUUGAUCGCAUGAUGGAGGCGUUUGCACAACGCUACUGCCAGUGUAACCCAGGAGUCUUCCAGAGCACAGACACGUGCUACAUCCUGUCGUUUGCGAUCAUCAUGCUGAACACCAGCCUGCACAACCCCAACGUGAAGGACAAGCCUGGCGUGGAGCGCUUCAUCUCCAUGAACAGAGGCAUCAACGAUGGCGGAGACCUGCCUGAGGACCUGCUCAGGAAUCUGUAUGACAGUAUAAAGAACGAGCCCUUUAAGAUCCCAGAAGACGACGGCAACGACCUCACACACACUUUCUUCAACCCUGACAGAGAAGGAUGGCUACUGAAGCUGGGUGGACGAGUAAAGACAUGGAAGAGGAGGUGGUUCAUCCUCACAGACAACUGUCUCUACUACUUUGAGUACACAACUGACAAGGAGCCGCGAGGCAUCAUCCCUCUGGAGAACCUCAGCAUCCGGGAGGUGGAGGACAAGAAGCCGAACUGCUUUGAGCUGUUCAUCCCAGACAAUAAGGACCAGGUGAUCAAGGCGUGCAAGACGGAGGCGGACGGCCGGGUCGUCGAGGGCAACCACACCUUCUACCGCAUCUCCGCCCCCACCACCGAGGAGAAGGACGAGUGGAUGAACAGCAUCAAGGCUGCCAUCAGCAGAGAUCCAUUCUAUGAGAUGCUGGCAGCGCGCAAGAAGAAGGUGUCAUCCCUGAAGAGACACUAGAGGGCGCCGCAGCCAAAACACAGGCUCAGGAACGACACGCUCAUCGGAGGAGGAGACACAUGGCCCACUGCUGGCUACAGCAUGCGUUUCCUCCUCCUCCCUUGCUCUGGGAUUGGUUGAUAGCUUUUAUAGUGGGAGGGGUCUGCAGGGGAAGGGUCCUCUUCAUUGACUGGUUAUGGUUGUCAGUCAUUGUAGGGUCUCUUGGCUGCUUGUCUUCAGACUGUUCUUUUGGUCUGCUCCCAGCUGGCUGUUGUUGGUUGGAGAAAGUUUUGUCAUUCUCCCCCUCUUUAGUUUCUGUGCGAAACUUCAUCUUACUUAACCAACUUUUUUCGUUUCACACUUGCAAAAGCAACUACGUCAAAACUAUACAAUCAGCAGGUCUGACAGAAAGAGGGGUCUCUAUUAAAGUUUCUGUGUAUGCUUUUGGAAAUGAGUAGCUUUCAUUGUGAGCUUUCACAUUUACUGGCUGAAAAUGUAUUGUUUUUUGUAAAAUAUUUUUUCUAUUGUGAUGGUUCUUCCGUUCAAGCAUUGUGGUUUUCACAUCAGGCAUAAUGAACGAAGACUGAACUAUUUUUCUAAGGAGUAUGGGAUGGAGUGAUGUGUGUUCAGGGGAUGAGAAGUGAUCAGGGAUUGGGGGUUGCUGGAUGUCUUCACUCUUUGCGUGUGUGUGGGUGAUAACAUCCGGAACAGCCCAUUUUGGAGGCCUUGUCUGUGAUGAAAUGGUUUAUAAAAGCAUAGCUAGUGUACUGUAGACAUUACUAGAUUGUAUUCGAUUGAACAAUAAGUCUGGUCACGCCAUGUGCCUACCUGCUCUCUCGCUGGGUCCCUCACAAAGCCCCAUGCCCAUGCUGCGCACUCUAAGGCCCUCGCGUCACGUCCACACUGUAAGCAUGACUUCCGGAAAGAUGACUUCCGAGAGAAAAAAAAAACACAACUUCCAUCAGUAACACUUCCGUAAGCACGACUUCCAUAAAUUCCACUUUGGUAAAAAGUCCACUUCCGUCAAUGACACUUCUGCACAGACUGUGAUGGGCAACCAGUGAUUGAUUCUUUUUGUUCACAAUCCAGUGCCACAUAUUCCAAAUGACCUGGUAUUGCUGCUCGAAUUCAACCAGGUGAUUAUUCAACCAGGCAAAAAAAAUGAACAGAUAAAAUCAGGUCAUUUGGAAUACGUGGCACUGGAAUGUGAACUAAUGAAUCCGGAUUGCCCACCACUGUGACUAAAGGCGACUUGUGUAAAGUCGUCGUGUUUCGGACUUGUACCCUGAGCGCCCAGUGCCUGCUGAUGUUCAGUGCUCUUCUCUUGGUUAGCGUUUGCUGCUGACCGCUUCGCACUCCCUCUCGUGCACUGACUGUCAGAAAGAGAAAAAGAAUCUAAAGUCUAAAGCAGUAUUUGUUUAUUUAUCAUGGAUGUAUAUACUUCAGUGUAAAAUGUAUACUGUCUCCAUUUCAUGAAGAGCGAACAUGUCAUGUUUAUAUAUAGCAUUGAAUUGUUAUUAGUAUAGUGCCAUUUAUUUUUCUUUUUUUCUGUGUCAUUUUAAAGUUUCUACCAUUUCAGUGGUAACUUGUGCUAUAAUAAAAAAUAAAAAUAAAAUUACAGCAAAUAACUA